AUGGAUAGCUUUUUGAAGUACGCCAACUUUUUCUAUAAGGUCGUGGGUAUUGAGCCAUAUACGAAAGUCUCGCGACCGAGUGUUUCCAGCAUUUGGAAUACUAUCGUAUUUUGGGCCAACAUGAUUAAUCUGGGUGUGAUGAUGCUUGCCGAGGUGGUGUAUGUAAUUAUUGCUUUUGUCACGGGUAAAAAUAUCGUGGAGGCCAUCAUGGUAAUGUCAUAUAUUGGAUUCAUCUUCGUUGGCAUGAACAAAAUGGCCUUUGUCUGGUGGAGAAAAUCGGCACUCAACGGAAUUAUGCAAGAGCUGGAGGAGCUCUUUCCUCGCAACAAGGACGAUCAAUCUGCCUAUCAAUUGGAUAAAUAUUUGGAGUCCUGUUCCCGUAUCAGUUUCAACUUCUCGCUACUAUAUUCCGUGCUUAUCUGGACCUACAAUCUGUUCAACAUUGCGGAAUACUUGGUCUAUGAGUUGUGGCUGAAGACUCGCAUGGUGGGACUCACGUUGCCCUACAUGAUGUAUAUACCCUGGCACUAUGAUGGCAAUUGGUCGUAUUAUCUGCUGCUUUUGUCGCAGAUCCUUGCUGGAUUAACUUCGGCAGCUGGGCAGGUUUCAUCUGAUCUAUUACUUUGCGCUGUGGCCACAUUGAUUAUCAUGCACUACGACUAUCUGAGCAGGACUAUAGAAUUCAAGCAGCUAAGUGGCGAUUGGUCAAAGGAUUCGCAAUUUCUUUCCAAUAUUGUGCAGUAUCAUGAACGGCUGUUAAGCCUCUCAGCGGAACUUAAUGAGAUUUUUGGUGUGCCACUUUUACUCAACUUUCUAAUCUCAUCAUUUGUCAUCUGCUUUGUGGGUUUUCAAAUGACAGUUGGUUUGACCCCAGAUGUCAUGAUCAAGCUUCUGUUGUUUCUAGUAUCCUCCCUAAGUCAAGCCUAUUUGAUAUGCCAUCACGGACAACUGAUUGCAGAUGCGAGCUCUGGAAUUGCCCUUGCGGCCUAUAAACAGAACUGGAGCUAUGCGGAUGUAAGAUAUCGCAGGACUCUAACUUUUAUCAUUGCCCGAUCCCAAAAGCCGGCUUAUCUAAAGGCAACAGUUUUUAUGCAGAUAACCAGAGUUACAAUGACAGAGCUUCUACAAUUGUCGUACAAGUUUUUUGCCCUGCUCCGUACCAUGUAUGCCAAAUAG